GGCACGCGCCCUUCAAGCCAGCUCAUCGACUCAGCCAGCCAAAUCUAUUCUCAAGAAGUCUGCUCUUCCGAUGCUCGCUGUGCCUGACGAGGAGCUACGGCAGGUUACUCCCGAGCCAGAGGAUCCUCUUGUCGACUUGUCUUACCUUGAGCGACCAGUUUCCCUUUUCCUUGCUCCUGAGCCAGCAAUUCGUGACCGUAUCGAAGGGUAUUCCAUCCUUACCGCGCGCAUAAGAACGGCUGUUGUCAGCGGCACAGAUGCCGAUGCAUCAUGGCCGCUCUUCCAGCCACUUCGCAAGAACGCCCAGGCCAUCACGGACGCGUUAGUUCGCGAUUUGGGCAUGGCUUUGAUCGACCCCAGUACCAUGUGCUCUACGUCCUUGGAAGACUUGGAGGUAGCGACCGAGCAAGAAGAGGAGGACCUAUGCUUGCUGCCGUCGCCUAAGCAGAGUCCGAAGAAAAAGAAAAAGAAGGGCAUGUCUGCAGAACAGGCUAAAUGUGCGCGGGACUUGUGCACUGUCUCACACGCUGUUAUGCGUCUCCUUGGUCUUGUUUUCACCCUCUCGGCGGUUUAUAGAGUGUUCUCUGACGAACAGUUGCGCGACAUGUUAACGCAAGUGCUUGCAAUUCCAUUAUGUGAUGUGCUGCCGACCCCCAAUGCACGCAAGACUUGCGCUCUCUCAAUAUGGGUCCUCCAAAACCAGCGGUUGCCGGAAGAAGUUCUCUUCCCUGCAAGGGACCGUAUUGCUUAUGCACUGCGACGCGGGUUGGAAGGCGAGCUAGGCAAGGAGGGCAAGAAAGGAUCUGCAAACGAUGGUCUCAAGGCUAUCCACGAUCUGUCGAUGUAUCAGCCUGAGACAUUCGUACCCGCCUUCGUCGCUCUGCUGCCUUCAAUGCUAUCAAACCUGCUUGCACCUACCCUUGCUUUGCGGGCGCAGGCAUGCCAUGCACUCGGUGGCUUUGCAUUUGCUGCUAGCACAAUGUCGCCUUCUGUCGUGCAUACACGCAUCUCGGAGGCGGUGUCCAUUUUUUUGACCGCUCCCUCGAAGUCUCCACGCAAGACCGCAUCCCCCUCUAAAAACUCUGAAUCAGCCAUUGUACGCACGCUGCGGACGACACUCAACGUGACCGACCCUACCUACGCAGCCCAAGGCCCCGUCUGGGCGCUAAGUGUCCUCGCCAGCUUCGCCGUCCUCUUGGGUUCCGCAAUAUGGACCAACUUCGCACUUACGCGCACUAUCUCUGCCCUUCUCACCCUGUCCAUGCGGAAUAAGAAGAGCUCGGUUCGUGGGCUAGGAGCCCUCAUUUGGCGUUGCCUUGCAUGGUGCUACUUCAGACCCGUGCUCGCUCGGGAUGUAGAUGAGGAUGGCGAGGAGGAGAUGGAGGAACUGAAUGAAGCUAAGAUGGAAAGUGCUCGCGAGGAUUUCUGGAAGAUCGUCAAGUGUGUCGUUGAAUUUGGUGCAGGCGUUUCGACCGUUGGCGCUCUCUUGUCCAGUGAUACAGCAGACGAGGAUUACCUGCAGAAAGCGCUCUCCCUUCUGCAUGCCAUGAUCAGGAAGGGCGGAGUAGUCACUUCUGAUGCUAUGGAUAUCCUAAAAAUCCUGGUUUCGAGUGACCAUCACCCCGAUCCUUGGGACAUGAACAAGCUCCUGCCGCAAUCUUUGUUCUCAGCCAGCCCGGGUUUGCUUACCGCCAACUACGAAUCGCUGGCCGGCACGGUCAAGCCCAUCUUCGACGAGUGUCCUCAGGUUAUGGAUAUUCGAUCGUUGACGAAGGAAGAAUUGUCGCAAGAAUGGGUUUUGACCGAACUGAUGCAAAUCUGGAAGACCUGCAUCGUACAUGUGGAGAGCCCGGAGGACAACAAUUUGCCGUUGGAUGCGCUUUGUAUCUGGGAUUGUCUCCUGCAAACUGGCAUCUCUUCCCUUCAAGACCAGGACGACGAGGAAGGCAUUGUCGACUUCGGCGAUCGAGUUGUUGGCGUCCUUAUCCAGAUCUUAGUUAACAAUGAGCUGGAUUUGACCUCCAAAGUUCAGGGCUCCAAGGGCGUCUCACCAUGCUCGCGUUCCAAUGCAGCUCUUAAACUUUCGAUCACACGCGAAUUUUGGAAAGUCAUGCGGUCUGCAUUCCCUGACAAUCACAUCCACGCGGGCGCGUCCAAGAUGCUUGUAUACCUCGUCGAGCAUGAGGACGAGCUCGUUUGGGAGGAAGACUCGCCUGACGAUGCACGUCGCCAGUGGGCGACGCUUUGCGCGGAGGUGCUCAUCGUGUGCGAUGUCGCCCAGCUGAGAGCAUUCUGGUCAGGGAGGACACGUGCCAAGCUUGCGGCGGAGUACGAGCCCGGUGUGCACAGUCUCAUCUGGGGCUGUUUCGUGGACAGUUGGUCAGAAGAGGUGGAUGUGGCAUGGGAGGGCGCUGUUGUCUUGUUGGGUGUCCCAUUUGCGAACAACGACACUUGGGAACUGAGCAACGAGGAUCUCGGCAAAUGGGAACGAUUCCUCGAAUGGACCAUGAACAAGGCCUUGGACUAUGGUGUAGACGCUACGUCAGUUCUCGACAGUGUUGCAGAGGUCGUUUCCAAGCAUCCUUGCCCCGCCUUCGCCUCAUCUACUCGCGUAACGGAUAUGAUCCUAGGUCAUCUUGAAAUGUCGGACGCGCGCCAGCUGCCACUCAACGUCUUCGAAUUUGUCAACGACACCUUGGUCUCGACUUAUCCUCCUGAGCCCCGGACCAAGAUGCUGUCGGUUUGGAUGAUCCGCACGCUCUUCCGCGUGGUGGACGCCUGUCCGAAAGAGCUAGUCUUGGAAAUGCUGCAGACCAUACAAGAAGGCAUUCGCUUCUGGAUAUCCGACGAAUUUAAUGUGUUCAAAACAGACGAAUUCGUUGGCGAGGUCCUCCCUUUGUAUCAGACUUCUCUGUUGCAUAUCCAGGAUCUUCCUCGGGAUAUCGAGAUGCUGCAAAGUCUGGCGCCUCUCGUCGAGUCCAUCUUCUCUGGUUCCUCGAAGUCGACCGCAGCGAUCGACUCAUUUGAUGAGUUCUGGGCAGCCUCGUAUGAGGGCGAGGCUGAGCCUGAAGGCGGGUGGCCCGAGAACAUCGAGGCAUAUCUCACAUCUAAGAACGCUGUGCCCGAGGAUGCCGCUAAAGAGGAAGCACAAGAAGUUACGGCUGUAGCGGAGAAUCUUCAGCCCACACUGUCAACCAUAAAGGCAAUUAGCACACCACCUAAACAACAACGUAACGUGUCUAGUACGAGUGAGAUAACUGCUGCUAAGAAGACCUCGCCGCCCGUUGGUCAGCUUGAUCAUGCGUGCUUUACGCCCGAGGCUACGCCGCCGUCUAAGUCAUCCCUCUCCAUUGUUACCCCUACCACUCCC